AUGAACAAAUUACUUUGCUAUUGUACACUCAGCACCAAAACCAAAAUUUUCCGUGUAGCUUCUAUGGGUGCUGUUUACAUCAAACGUUCAAAAGCCACGUUUGAAGGGGUCAAAGAUCGGUACAAGGGGGUGACUGUUGACCUGUUGCAGGAGAAAUGUGACCAGCUCAAGUUCUUAGGCACACUUGAAGAAUCUUUAUCAAAAUGGACCACCGAUGGCAGUAGAUGUAUAUGGUUUAAAGUAAACAUACAAGAUGCAUAUUGUGUACCAAUUCUGGCGCAAAAAGGCUUUACUUUCCACCAUGCCAGAGAUGACUUUGUAAUGAUGUACAAGUGGCUGCCAAAAGAUUCUGAGCCCAAUCUUCCUCCAUCAUGCCAUACAAAUCUUGGGGUUGGUGCGAUGGUAUUCAAUGACAAGAAACAAAUAUUGGCAAUAUCAGAAAAACACUAUGAAUAUCCUCACUGGAAGCUUCCUGGAGGGUAUGUUGAAAGAGGCGAAGAUAUAAUUGAAGCAGCCAUUAGAGAGGUUAAAGAAGAAACUGGUGUUGAUGCUACAUUUCAAUCAUUAGUUACAUUUAGACACAAUCACAAUAUGAUGUUUGGUAAUUCAGAUAUUUAUGUAAUACUGAUGAUGAAUGCCCUCUCAGAGCAAAUUAAAUCAUCGCAACGAGAGGUCAAUAAGUGCCAGUGGAUGGAUAUUGAGGAAUACUGUGAACACCCUCAUGUACACAAGUAUAACAGAUAUGUGGUAAGAAAAGCUUUAGAAUAUAAGAGUCAAAAUCUAAAACUAGAUAUUGUGAAACAAAUCAUGCAGUUUGGAAAAUAUACAAGGGAUAUGAAUUUUUUAGUUAUUAAAAAUUAUGAUUGA